GGUGAGUGUACACUGUGUGAGUAUACAUGGUGUGGGUGUGUAUGGUGUGGGUGUGUAUGGUGAGUAUACAUGGUGUGGGUGCGUACGGUGAGUGUACACUGGGUGUGUACGGUGAGUGUACACUGUCUGGGUGUGUAUGGUGAGUGUACACUGUGUGAGUAUACAUGGUGUGGAUGUGUAUGGUGAGUGUACACUGUGUGAGUAUACAUGGUGUAGCUGUGUAUGGUGAGUAUACACUGUGUGAGUAUACACUGUGUAGGUGUGUACGGUGAGUGUACAUGGUGUGGGUGCGUACGGUGAGUGUCCACGGCGCGGUGCGGUGAGUGCAGGCGACGUGUGCGCCCGAGUUCCUGGCGAGCGCCGCGUUCUUCUGCGCUCCGCGCCCCCUGAGGAUCUGCGUCUCCGUGUGCGACUCCCGCGACCGGAGUGGUCCCGACGGAGUGAAGGUUCUGGGAAAGGUGGAAUGUUCGGUGGAGGAACUUCUGCGUGACGGAGGCAAGAUAAGCCUCCCUUUGAAAUCGGACCAGGGAGUGAGCGCUGGUGAGGUGAGACUGCAAGGUUGGGCGAGCGACAGUGGUGAGGAGACGAUGGCUUCCUCACCACUACUGGCUGUCCAGGGCCCUCGUGAGAUGUCCGCGUGGCGAGCAAAGCGCUACCACAGCCUCCUCCAUGACGAGUUCCUCAGGACCAUGUUCUGCAACGAGUGCGUGCGCACGUACCGCGUGCCGGGCCACGUGGAGUCACCGCGGCGGCCGCUCCUCGCGGUGCAGGAGCGCAUGGCCGAGUCGCGUCUGUCCUUCCACGUUCCACGCCAGCUGCUGCAGAUGAGACUCCGCCAGCUGUCGGCGUGGCUCUCUCUACUGCAAAGUGUGGACCCCCUACUUCCUGCCCGCGUGGAAGAGCGGCGCCAACGCCUCCUGGCCCUGGGCAGAGAGCAAAUGGAGGCCUACACGGAGGCCCUCACCAGCCUGCACGCUCACCACGGGCCGAGCUUCAAGGCGAGCCGUCUGCGGAGGGAGCGAGCACUCGCCUUCGUGCCCAUCAACCUCCACGUGCAGCGCCUGCGCGUGCAGGAUGCGCACACGCGUCGCGACUGCACGUACGACGUGGUGACUGUCGGCGCCCCCGCAGCCCACGUCCUCGGCUUCAAGGGCGGGGGGCUGCGGAGUCUGAUGGCACGGGGGGCCUGCCUCAGGAGUGGGCUGGGUGAGCAGGGCGAUGUGAGGGCUCUGCUGCAGCGUCUGUGGAAGCUGAAGCUCCAGUUCGACUCGCACCUGACAUCCCUCGCCUCGCCACCGCCGCUCACCGCUCGCUCCGCACCGCCACCGCUCACCACUGAAGAGCUCUCCGCCCACCUAGCCCACGUGGCUGAUACGACGCAGCAGGUGGUAUUGCUGUGUGAGCAGGAAGCGGUGUGCGAGGCCGUGUUGCGGCUGGCGCGGAGUGAGAGCCAGGAGUCCGGACUCGCUGCCACAACCCCCACCGCCGGCUCGUCCACAAGCUCAACGCUGCGGGUGGUGUCACGGCGUGAAUGGACGCAGUUGCUGAGCGGAGUGGAGGAGGAGCUGGAAUUGCUGUUAUUGGGUUCAGGACCUGAACACGACCUGCGUGCACGCGUGUCGCUGCUGGCUCCCCGCGUGCGCGCAGCGUGCGAUCGUGCUGGCCGGGCCCUGCUGGCGAUCGCGCUGGAGAGCGAAGCCUGCUGGGGCUCGUCGCUGAGCCACCGGCGAGACGUCAUCGAUUCCCACACCCUGUCGGCGCUGGUGGUGGGCUGCGUGUUGCGCCUGCGUGCGGGGCUUGGCGACGCCGCGUUUCUGCAGCAGCUGCGGCACGCCGGCCUCCUCGUGUGCUUCGAAAGCCUCCUGAGCACCUACGGGGAUGAGCAGGCGAUGCUGGAGGACAUGGCGGUGUCCGUGAUGGAUCUGUCUCACCGCGUCUCCCUGCGGCUCACCCUGUCGCCUCCCGGCUCCGAGGGAGACGACCUGCUGCCGUCUCUGACAGAGGACGGGGAGGGCUGCGUGGUGAGUGUCCCUCUACCCGCGCCGAUGUUCCGCACGCUGCCCGAGCCCCUCAGAGACGGCGCCCUCGUCCCCGUCAGCACCGCACUCUUCAGCAUCGGCAUCAACGAGCAGCAGACACUUGUCGAAAGGUUUCACGGGGACACGUCUCUGCAGGAGCGGCUGUGUGUUGAGAGCUGCGAGCGUCUGCGUGCGUACCACAAGCGUGCGUGCGCCUACCUGCCCUCCCCGGAGGCGCGGGGCGACGUGGCCUCCCCUAGCUGGCGCCCCCUCCCGGAGCUCCUCGAGGAGCUCGCCAACUCGGCCGCCUCCCGGCGCAGCAAGAACGUCCACGUGCUGCAGGCGGCCGCGCAGGUGUGCCAGCGCCUGCGGGGCGUGCGCGUGACGAGCUGCAAGAGCGCCAAGGACCGCACGGCCAUGUCGGUGACGCUGGAGCAAUGCGCCCUGCUCAGGGACCGCCACGGCCUCCCGGCCUCCGUCUUCUCAGCGGCCCUCAACUGCAUGCGCAGUGAGGGCUGCCGGCUGGAGAACGCUGCCAAGAACGUCGGCUGUCGACGCUACGCGUUCCACACGCUGCAGCUGGCCACCUUCCCGCGCUUCUACCGGCCACCGGAGGGGACGUACGGGAAGGUGGACACGUGAAGCCGUGGUGGGGGGGGGCGGCG